AUGACCACCCUAAACCCCAUUCUUCUUCUUCUUCCGCUUCUUCUAGCUCAAUGCUCUUAUGGGCUCAACACAGAUGGACUUCUUCUCCUCUCUUUCAAACUCUCCAUCCUCCAAGACCCUCAGCUAGUCCUCCAAAAUUGGAACCCCAACGACGAAACACCAUGCUCAUGGCGAGGUGUCACCUGCGCCACAAUUCUCACUCCUCCUGAGAAUGUCUUCUACCCUAGAGUCAUCUCCCUAGCUCUCCCAAGCUCUGAGCUUGUGGGUUCGAUCCCUGCCAAUCUUGGCAUGAUCGAACAGCUCCAAAGCCUCAAUCUUUCCGAUAAUUCCCUCAAUGGGUCUCUCCCAUUGUCUCUCUUCAACUCGACCCAGCUUCAAGUUCUUGACUUGGCUUUUAAUCGAAUCGCUGGCGUGUUGCCUGAAGCCGUUUCAGAGCUACCCAGAAGUCUCAGUCUUCUUAAUCUUUCUGACAAUGCCAUGGAGGGUAAGAUACCCAGUGAUCUUGGCUCUCUGACCAACUUGACGGUGAUUUCUUUGAAGAAUAAUUACUUCUCCGGCGAAAUUCCGGCUGGGUUUGCAGCCGUGGAGGUUCUGGAUCUGUCGUCCAAUCUGAUCAACGGAUCUCUGCCGUCCGAUUUCGGCGGCGACAGUCUCCGUUACUUUAACGUCUCCCACAACGAACUUUCCGGCGAAAUCCCGGCGAGUUUCGCGGAGAAAUUCCCGGGUAAUGCGACUCUUGAUCUCUCCUUCAACAACCUCACCGGCGCAAUCCCGGAAUCUCGGGUUUUCUUGAACCAGGAAACGGAGUCGUUUCGCGGCAACCCUGAUCUCUGCGGCGAGGAAACAGAGCACAACCCUUGCCCUAUUCCUUCUUCGCCGUCUUCCAACUCACCCAACUCUCCUCCGGCGUUUGCCGCGAUUCCCAGAACGAUGAACUCCUCCGAUGACGAUGCAGUUUCGCCGGGAUCGGCAAAAGGGUCGUCGGGAAAAUCCCAAACCGGGCUCAAGACGGCGACCAUCGUCGGAAUUGUGGCCGGCGAUGUUGCCGGGAUUGCUGUUAUUGCGAUGGUGUUCUUGUACGUAUACAGAAUGAGGAGGAAGAAGAAGAAGGAGAAGACAGCAAGCGGCGACGUCACGACGCUGAAGAACGAACCCAACAACCCAGUAGUGACGGAUUGGUCUUCUUCUUCAUCAGAAUCAAGAGGGUUUACACGGUGGUCUUGCCUGAGAAACAAGAAGGGCGAAACGGAGGAGCAGAGCUCCGAUUCCAGCAGCUCUGAUAGUGAAGAAGCUCAAACGGAGCAGAAUGGUCACAAGGGUAGUGAGAGCAAGCGGCAAACAGAGUCAGAACAGAGCAAAGGAGGCACAUUGGUGACACUCGACGGCGAAAAGCAGCUUGAGCUCGAGACUCUGCUCAAAGCAUCAGCCUACAUUUUGGGUGCUACUGGUUCUAGCAUAAUGUACAAGGCGGUUUUGGAAGAUGGGAGUAGUCUAGCGGUUCGGAGAAUCGGAGAGCAUAGUGUGGAUCGGUUCAAGGAUUUCGAGAACCAAAUCCGGCUGGUAGCGAAAUUGGUGCACCCAAAUUUGGUUCGUGUUCGUGGAUUCUUUUGGGGAGUUGAUGAGAAGCUCAUCAUCUAUGAUUUCGUCCCAAAUGGCAGCCUCGCCAAUGCUCGUUACAGGAAGGUGGGCUCGUCGCCUUGUCAUCUACCAUGGGAAGCGAGGCUGAGGAUAGCAAAGGGGGUGGCCCGUGGGCUCGGCUACCUCCACGAGAAGAAGCACGUCCAUGGGAAUCUCAAGCCCACCAACAUUCUCCUCGGUGCCGAUAUGGAGCCCAAAAUCGGCGAUUUUGGUCUCGAGAGACUGUUGUCCGGCGACACGAGUUAUAAGAUUGGAAGCUCGACGAGGAACUUCGGAAGCAAGAGGUCCACGGCUUCGCGUGACAGCUUUCAAGAUUUCACACUCGGGCCUAGCCCGGGCCCGAGUCCGAGCCCUAGCGCGAUGGGGACGUCGCCCUAUCAUGCGCCCGAGUCGCUUCGGAGCCUCAAGCCCCACCCCAAGUGGGAUGUGUUCUCGUUUGGGAUCAUAUUGCUUGAGUUGAUAACGGGGAAAGUUGUGGUUGUGGAUGAGUUGGGCCAAGGUCUUGGGCUUUCGAUCGAUGAUCCAAACCGCGCUUUUCGGAUGGCUGAUAUGGCUAUUCGAGGCGAGUUGGAGGGCAAGGAGGAACCCUUGUUGGCUCUCUUCAAGUUAGGGUACAGUUGUGCAUCACCAGUUCCACAAAAGAGACCAGCAAUGAAAGAAGCCCUACAAGCUCUUGAGAAAUUUCCAUGUUCACCUUCAUCAUCAUAUUAUUAUGGCCACUUAUAAAUGUUUAGAACCCCUUAAUCUGUAGAGUUGUAUGUAUGAUUGACUAGUAGUGUUCUUCAUUCCUCUUAAGCCUUUGUAGUUGGUUCGUCCUCCACAUUUCCAUCUGUUUUUGAGAAUCCAUGUGUUUCAAGUAUUGGUUGGCUAAUAAUGGUGUAAUAGUCAAUAGGGAGUUGGGAUUUCAUAUUUUUUUGGCCUUGAUUAAAAACUCGUGGAGUUGAAAU